CAGAGCCUGAGCCUGGGAGCAGCGGCCACUUCUUGCAGCCGAAGUCCAGAGCUAACUUGGACUGGGACCCUGAUCCGGAAAUAGAGCCUCUCUAGCAGCAGCACAGGGAGCAGGAUUCCCCUCAAUAACUUGGUUGGAGCGCCCCGGCUACCAUCGGGAGCCCUAGGUGCGCACCUGCAAACUCUCCACUUUCUGCACCUGCCACCCGGAGCCUGCGUGAGCGCCUGAGCUAGCCAUGGCCAACGCGGGGCUGCAGCUCCUAGGCUUCAUUCUAGCCUUUCUGGGCUGGAUCGGCACCAUCGUCAGCACUGCUCUACCCCAGUGGAAGAUUUACUCCUAUGCUGGAGACAACAUUGUGACCGCCCAGGCCAUCUUCGAGGGGCUGUGGAUGUCCUGCGUGUCGCAGAGCACAGGGCAGAUCCAGUGCAAAGUCUUCGACUCCUUGCUGAAUUUAAACAGCACUUUGCAAGCAACCCGUGCAUUGAUGGUGAUUGGAAUCCUGCUGGGACUUAUAGCAAUCUUUGUGUCCACCAUUGGCAUGAAGUGUAUGAAGUGCUUGGAAGACGAUGAGGUACAGAAGAUGCGGAUGGCUGUCAUUGGGGGUGUGAUCUUCCUUAUUGCAGGUCUGGUUAUUUUAGUUGCCACAGCAUGGUAUGGCAAUAGAAUUGUUCAAGAAUUCUAUGACCCUAUGACCCCCGUCAAUGCCAGAUAUGAAUUUGGCCAGGCUCUGUUCACUGGCUGGGCUGCUGCCUCGCUCUGCCUUCUGGGAGGUGCCCUACUUUGCUGCUCCUGUCCCCGAAAAACAACCUCUUACCCAACACCACGGCCUUAUCCAAAACCUACACCAUCCAGUGGAAAAGACUACGUGUGACAGAGGCAAAA